GCCCCGCCUCCUUAGGGGCUCUCUCCACACGCGUGCGCAGUGGGCUGCAGAGCCGCCAUGCCUGAGCCGCGCGGGUCUUCACCCCUGCGAGUGAACGCAGCGUUUGCCGCGCGGUACGGCCGCUACCGGGAGCGCGAGGAGCUGCAGCGGCUGAAAGAUCGCUACGGGGACCGGGACAGCGGCGGCGACUCCAGUUCCGAGUCUGACUCCAGCGAGGAGCGGGUGGAAUUUGACCCCCAGCAGGAGCGUGACUUUUACAGGACUCUCUCCUUGUUGAAGAAGAAGGAUCCCCGCAUUUAUCAGAAAGAUGCCACCUUCUAUCAGAGAAAAGCAUCGUCCUCGGAGAGCGAGGAGGAGCUGGCAGCUGAGGAGAAACCAAAGAAGGUGCAGCCCAUGUACCUGAAGGACUAUGAGAGGAAGGUUAUCUUGGAGAAAGAAGGCAAAUAUGUCGACGAGGAGAAUUCCGAUGGGGAGACCUCCAAUCAGAGACUCCAGCAGAUCUCGUCGAAAAGUUAUGUGGAAGAACAGAAACAGCUGAAGGAAAGCUUCCGGGAGUUCGUGGAGGAUAGUGAGGAUGAGGACAGUGCUGGGGAAGGUGGCUCUGGAUUGCUGCAGAAACGAGCUAAAAGCAGAGAGGAGAAGGCCCAGGAGGAUGCCGACUAUGUCGAAUGGCUGAAGGGGCAGAAGGAAAUUGAGAACCCUGACACCCUGAAAGAACUGACUCACCUCAAGGAAUACUGGAACAACCCAGAGCUGGAUGAGGGGGAGCGCUUCCUUCGGGAUUACAUCCUUAACAAACGCUACAAGGAGGAUGGAGAGGAGGAGGAGGAGGAAGAGGAGGAGGAGGAGGAGGAAGGGGUCCCCGGUCCCCGGGUCCAGCUGGCCGUGGAAGACUCCUCGGACGAGGGGGAGCUGUUUCUGAAGAAACAGGAGGACUUUGAGCACAAGUACAACUUUCGCUUCGAAGAGCCGGACUCUGCCUUGGUCAAGACCUACCCCCGGAGCAUUGCAUCCUCUGUGCGCCGGAAGGACGAUCGCAGAAAGGAGAGGAGGGAGGAGACGCGGGAGCGAAAGAGGAGGGAAAAAGCGAAGAAGCAGGAGGAGCUCAAGCAACUGAAGAACCUGAAGAGGAAGGAGAUUCUGGCCAAGCUGGAGAAGCUGCGGCAGGUCACGGGCAAUGAGACACUGGGCUUUGAGGAGCGGGACCUCGAGGAUGACUUCGACCCUGUGCAGCAUGACCAGCUCAUGCAGAAGUACUUCGGGGACGAAUAUUAUGGCACCACGGAGGAGGAAAAGCCGCAAUUUGAGGAAGAGGAAGGCCUUGAAGAUGACUGGAAUUGGGACACAUGGGCUGGGCCGGAGCAGGGUGGAGCGUGGAGCCAGCAGGAGCUGCACUGCGAGGACCCCGACUUCAAUAUGGAUGCCGACUAUGACCCCAGCCAGCCUCGGAAGAAGCGGCGUGAGGCCCCCGCGAUGGGCAAGAAGAAGCGAAAGUCUCCCUUUGCGGCGGCUGUGGGGCAGGAGAAGCCUGUGUUUGACCCCGGGGACAAGACGUUCGAGCAGUACCUGGAUGAGUAUUAUCGGCUGGACUAUGAGGACAUCAUCGAUGACCUGCCCUGUCGCUUCAAGUACCGCACGGUGGUGCCCUGUGACUUUGGGCUCAGCACCGAGGAGAUCCUCACUGCCGAUGACAAGGAGCUCAACCGGUGGUGCUCCCUGAAGAAGACCUGCAUGUACAGGUCGGAGCAGGAGGAGCUGCGGGACAAGAGGGCCUACAGCCAGAAGGCCCAGAACACAUGGAAAAAGAGGCAGAUCUUCAAAUCACUCUGCCCAGAGACAGAGAUGCCCACGGAAGCCACAGGGAAGCCACAGAGAGACAAAGCCAGCCCACAGGGGCAGCUGCCGGCACCUGAUGGGGCCUGCAGGAAGCAGCCCCGGCCUGAGAGCCCCCCGGCACAGGAAGAGGCGGCCCCUGUGACACCCACAGAGAAACCGGCCCCCCGGAGGCAGAGGAGGGGCAAGAAGGCUCGUCUCUUGGGCCCCACAGUAACACUCGGUGGACGUGAGUUCAGCCGCCAGAGACUGCAGGCCUUUGGCCUCAACCCCAAACGGCUGCACUUCCGCCAGCUGGGCCGGCAACGGAGGAAGCAGCUGGGGCCCAAGAGUGGCCCCUGAGCUGAAGGAAGCCUACAGGGGUCCUGGGGCUCCUUUCCUUCACUCAGGCCCCUGGGUGCCCCCACCCGCCUCUUGUUGACACAAUAGACUCUCACGUCUAACUUUGGGCAAGGGAGUUUUCCCGUCUUACAGAUGUGGAAGCUGAGGCCCACUUAAGCUUCCUGGAUGACUUGGAACCUCACCUUGAGACACACCCUGAGCCCCAUCCCUCAAAUGCUGGGCCUAGCCAUAGCCAAGUUCUAGUCAAACGGCUUUAUUAGCCCCCAGCGGCCACAGUCCUCCCGCCAACUCCCACCAGCCACUGGCGCUCUGGGACCAGAGAGGGGCUUGGGCGGUCCAGUGCAAACUACAGUACAGAGUCAGGCCCUGAGUGGGUGCCCGGGGGCCCUCCCUCCCUCCCUGCCCUGCGACGAGGGCCCAGCUGGUGGGAGGCAGGUGUGCGGGCUGUUCCUGGCUGAAUGGCCCCAGCCCGGAGGUCUCCUGGACUGGUCUCAGCUGCACUUGUCAAGGGGAGUUCAAGCUCCCACACCCAGCGUGACAUAAAUAAAAAAAUAAAUAGGGUCGCAUCUUC